CUGACAACAAAUUUCACAACUAAUUCGGCAGCCCCUUUCUCUCCCAUAAUUUUAAACACGUUCUCGCUAUCUCCGUGUUUGAAACGCUCUGCACCGGCUUCGGUGUUUCGCAGUUCUUUCUUAGUCUGUCGUAGACUUGUCGGCUCAUCUUAGUCACAUUCAACUGCUACAGCCGUAUAUCUGUCAAAAUCGGCUAUCUCCUGAAAUAUUUCAACCAUGACUAAAAGAGAAGCAGAAGAACUAAUAGAAAUAGAAAUUGAUGGAACUGAGAAACAAGAGUGCACUGAAGAAAGUAUUGUUGAACAGACUUACACUACUGCAGAAUUUGUAAGUCAGGCUAUUGAUAUCAAUGAACCAGUUGGAAACCUAAAGAAACUGCUGGAACCAAGACUUCAGUGUUUUUUGGAAGCACAUGAAAUCUGUCUGCAAGAUAUACAGCUGGAUCCAGACCGUAGUCUGUUUGAUCAAGGAGUCAAAACAGAUGGAACUGUGCAGCUUAGUGUUCAAGUAAUAUCGAGGCAAGGAAUGGACCCAAAGUUAAACAUCCUUGAAAUUGUAAAGCCAGUUGAAACAGUUGAGGUAGUGAUUGAUCCAGAUGCCCAUCAUACUGAAACUGAAGCACACCUUGUUGAAGAAACUCAAGUAAUAACACUAGAUGGAACUAAGCAUAUUACUACCAUAUCUGAUGAAACAUCUGAACAAGUAACCCGAUGGGCUGCAGCAUUAGAAGGGUACCGUAAAGAACAAGAACGCUUAGGGAUACCCUAUGAUCCAGUACAGUGGUCAACUGACCAGGUACUGCAUUGGGUUGUUUGGGUGAUGAAGGAAUUCAGUAUGACGGACAUAGACCUCAAUACUCUCAGCAUUCCGGGAAGAGAAUUGUGUAGCCUCAGCCAAGAAGAUUUCUUCCAAAGAGUCCCUCGAGGAGAAAUCCUUUGGAGCCAUCUGGAACUUCUUCGAAAAUAUGUACUAGCUAGCCAGGAACACUCUGGAGAAAUAGCAACAGUUACUAUUGAUCAGCCUGUGCAAAUUAUUCCAGCUUCAGUUCAGCCUUCUACUCCAACCACCAUUAAAGUCAUUAAUAGUAGUGCAAAGGCAGCAAAAGUACAAAGAGCUCCAAGGAUUUCAGGGGAAGAUAGAAGCUCACCUGGUAACAGAACAGGAAACAAUGGUCAGAUCCAGUUAUGGCAAUUCUUGCUUGAGCUUCUGACUGAUAAAGAUGCCCGAGAUUGCAUUUCAUGGGUUGGUGAUGAAGGCGAGUUUAAACUAAAUCAACCAGAGCUAGUUGCUCAGAAAUGGGGACAACGUAAAAAUAAGCCUACAAUGAAUUAUGAAAAACUCAGUCGUGCUUUACGGUAUUACUACGAUGGUGACAUGAUCUGCAAAGUACAAGGCAAAAGGUUUGUAUACAAGUUUGUGUGUGACUUGAAGACUCUCAUUGGGUACAGUGCAGCAGAACUGAAUCGAUUGGUGACAGAGUGUGAACAAAAGAAACUGGCAAAGAUGCAGCUACAUGGCAUUACACAACCAGUCACAGCAGUUGCGUUGGCGACCGCAUCUCUGCAAACAGAAAAAGAUAACUGAGGACUAGGAACUAAAAGCUUUACAGCAUUCUUUUACACUUAGCAGUUUCUGGUUUUAAAAUUAGAACUGCAUCUAUUAAUUGGCAAUUCAAUACGGUGCAUGUUUUUUCUACAAAGAACGCUCAUAAAUUUGGAUCUUUUUUCACUUAAAGAUGUAUUUCAUGUAUGUUAAGGGCACUCCACAGGCUCUACAAUAUGAAGACACACUGGUUGUAAAAAUAGUUUGGGAAUUAUAAGGAAAUUGAAGAUCUGUUGAUACUGUGUCAUGCUAUAUCACUGAUUUUUUUUUCAUAGCUUAAAGUGAAGCAUUCACAUAGAAUAGAACAGUUGGUUUUUUGUUUUUUUUAAUUUAGUUCUCUGCACUUCUGUUCUUCAAAUAUCAGAUGCUAUGAGAUUUCUAAAAUUAGAGCAGUUUCUGUUAAUCCUCAUCAUAACUUAAGCAUGACAAGUUGUAAGAAAAACACUGAUAAAAAAGUGAUUUCUUUGGCCCUUAACAAGAAAAAUGUAAGGUAACUGCUGAAAAGAGAAAUCCAAGUUUAAAUCCAACAAGCCAAUUAUGAGUAUUUUGAUAUGUGUAGAUAAAUAUGUGUAUUUGAGGGGAAAAUACUUAACUAUCUUGAGAAAUUUUGUUAAGCUUGAUGUCUGGCACAAAAAGGAUUUCCACAUUUUUAUUGUAAGAGAUUAAAAACUUGAAAUCUGUCUCUCAUCCAAAGAAUAGAUUUGCUUUGUUUAAUCUACAUUGCAGAGUAUAUCAGCUGUUCCUGCUUUUAUACUUGCACUAUAAUUGUCUUUCAACUGAAGACUUAAGUUAAUCACAGAAAGAAGCCCCUUCCUGUUGAGAAACAGAAUUAAAGAAUGAAGUGUGACUUCAUAGAUGGCUGUGUUAAAAAUAAAAAUAAAAAAUAUACUUUCUUUAAAUUACUUGGUUUCCAAGCUUUGCUUUAAUGCUUUGAAAAUAAAAGUGUUUAUUAUCCAGACUGAAAAAGCAAUAGUUCUGUAAAUUGAAAAUAUUUUUAAAAAUUAUACCCAGUUGAAAUCCAGAAAUGCUGACAAUAGUGCACUGUUUGCACCUGUGUUUUUUUAUCCUUUUGACUUAUAAAGCCUGGAAAACACAUUCAUGGGUAUAUUUGUUUUUGUUACUCUCAAUUUGUUUGGUAUAAAUAUUAUGAAUUCAGGCCAUUAAAAGUUACGGUUUCACUUAAUCAGAAAAAGUAGCCUAUUUGAAUAGGAUCUUUAUUCUUUAUCAAUAAAUCACUCAGUUGAGCAUCAUGCUUCCAUAAUAAGCAAUGAUCAUACAAUAUGGCUUAGUUCUAAGAACACUAGUCUACAGUUGUUGUUACUCUAACAGCUCCACUAAUUUCCAAGGUAUAUUUUCACAGUUUUACUUAACUCAUUUUCAAGUUACUAAAAAAAAAUUACAGAAAUAUAUUGUAGUGCUUAAAGAACAUUUUGGGCAAAGAAAGCAUGUGAUAUUCUUGUGGCUUGUUAAAUCCAUUCACUCUGGUGUUAAGUACAAUAUUAGCAGAACACAAAAUAGCAGUUUAAAUUCUAUCAGCAUUUUAUGCUAUUUUUCAAACUUUUUUAGAAUACUUUUUUCUUCUCCAAUCUGUACAAUAAUUAUAAAGAGUUGUCCAUUUGAAUUGUAUAUCAAGAAUUCAUGCUUUUAUUUGCUUUAUUAAGAGCAAAAAAAUAUGAUAGUGUCACUCUUUCUCUGCCAAUAUGCGCUUUAGGAUUGUUAUCGCAUAACAAGCAAUGUAGCUCAGAUUACUUCAUGCAUAUUUACAAGUCUGUUCAUUUUGAGUCAGAUUAGUCUGAUCACAAGUUAGUUAAUGCUAUGACAGAUAUUCUCUCAGCUAUGCAUAUAAUAGAAUAAGCCAUAGUAAGGAACAUGGCAUAUGGCCUCUUUUUUAUAUACAUUGGAUUUUUUUCAUAACUUUAAAAUUUCAUUGUAUUUCUUUUAUAAGUUUGCUGCACUUGUAACAUUUGUUCCAGUUUAUAGUGCUGAUGUAUGUUAAGCCUUGCUUAUAACAGAACCACUGAAAGGAAUAAAACAAUUUAGAAAUAUUUUGUUAUAUUUCUUGUGAGGGACAAUCUGUGACUAAUUUGAGGUCUUCAGUACAAGGGUAUGGAUUAUUAUAUGUCAAAUGGCAUUGUGUGGCUGUGAGAAGAAAAAUAUAGAUGGUAUAUUCCCAAAUUUUUGUAAAAUAGAGGGUUUGCAUACAUUUUUACUCUUCAAGGACAUGUGCUCUACAAAUUAUGUAUUUCCUUUUGUGUUGAAUGUUUUGGUAAUUUUACAUGAAACAAUUAUUUUCUAUUUUUACGCUAAAAUAUUUGUGCAUAAAAUUGUCAAUAUAGCAAAGUAAAAAAUAAAAUAAAAUUUUACACAGCA